UGAGGGCGGCAGUUCCGGUCGGCGGAGCCUGGCGGCCGGAGCUGCAGCGGCGGCUGAGACGCGGGGAUGGCGGGCGCUGGGAGCGAAGCCCGGUUUGCCGGGCUGUCGCUGAUGCAGCUCAACGAGCUGCUGGAGGACGAGGGACAGCUGACAGAGAUGGUGCAGAAGAUGGAGGAGACGCAGAAUGUUCAGCUCAACAAAGAAAUGACGCUCGCCGGCAACCGGAGCCUGGCGGAAGAAAACCUCCUGUACCAGCCCCAGCUCGAUGCCCUGAAAGCACGUUUGACCCAAAAAUACCAGGAACUCCAGGUUCUCUUUGAAGCCUAUCAGAUAAAGAAGACCAAAUUAGACCAGCAGUCUAGCAGCGCUUCCCUGGAGACGCUGCUGGCGCUCCUGCAGGCCGAAGGGGCCAAGAUUGAGGAAGACACCGAGAACAUGGCAGAGAAGUUUCUGGACGGAGAGCUUCCUUUGGACUCCUUCAUCGAUGUCUAUCAGAGCCAGCGGAAACUGGCCCACACGCGAAGAGUGAAAAUCGAGAAGCUCCAGGAGCUGGUGCUGAAGGGGCAGAGACUUCCGCAGGCCUCUGCGCCGGCCCCGCUGCUGCCCAGGGUGCCCGAGCCGGUGCCCACCGCCCCCCUGCCCUACCCUACCUCAGAGGCCAGCGGGCCCCCCUCCAUGCUACCUCGGCGCAUCCCCCCACCUCCGCCUCCGGUGCCUGCAGGACGCUUGGCCACGCCAUUUACCGCCGCCAUGGGCUCAGGACAGGCGCUCCCGUACCCGGGAUCCCAGUGCCCGCCCCUGCCCCCCCGUGUGGGCCUGCCCCCCCAGCAAGGAUUCUCCGCGCAGUUCGUGUCUCCAUACCCGCCCGCUCUCCCCCAGAGACCCCCGCCGCGGCUGCCGCCACACCAGCCCGGCUUCAUCCUCCAGUGAGCCUCCCCCGUCCUGCCUGGGAGGCCGCACCUGCCGGCCGGGCCUCUGCACGCACAGGCUGUGAGGACCAGGGUGCUGGUGCCCUGGGCCAGCGCACCCAUUUGAUUUUAGAACUAGUAGGUCAGCGGUAAGUAGCCAUAGGACCCGGUUUGGUACCCGGGGGUUGUGUGUGCAAGGCCUCCGCCGCAGUCGCGUGGGUUUGUUUUCGGUGUGAUUUCUAAGUCUUGUAACGUUGACGGACUUCUCCGUCUGGGGGAAGAGCGCCCUCCCUCCCCACCUGGAACCGUGGUCCUCCCCUCGUGGGUUCAUUUAAUGAGCAUGUUCCAUCGUUUCUGCUUCGUUUGCAAAAGACUGGGCCACACGGGCUCGCCCACUACAUGCCACCGUCCCUGGUCAGGGUGGGCCAGGUGGGCUGCCUGGAAGGUGCUUACUGAAUCUGGGGGGCAGGGGUAGCCAGUCCCCUCCCCCCCAAAACCCGGAUGCUUUGAAGCCCCGUGCGGCAUCGGCGCUGGGCCCACAGCCAGGGUGAGUGGCAGCCAGGCCGGAGGAGAUGGGUCUGAGCUGGGCCUUGCACGGCGAUGAGCCCUGCUCCCCCUCUCUCCCCCGCCGCGGCCACCCCGGACGGUUUCUACAAAGAAAUACUCCCCUGGUAUUUUUACUAUGUCUGUAAUUUUUCUGUUUUAUAUUGGCAAAGAAAACUUUUUGGACACAAGACCAUUCAGGGAAACUUUAUAAAAAUGCACAUAUUGUUUUGAGCAAAGUACAGAAGUGAAUGCCAUUUCCUUUUUUACAAGCAGUGUAUGGUCACACCUGUGGGUGCCUGUGCUGUGCCUUAGUUUCCCCCUGGUGCCAGUGAGGGGCCGGCCCCGGCUCCCCUGCAGGCCCCCAGGCUGGGCAGGCGGAGGGGCAGCUCCCACGAGCGGCUUUACUCCCCGAGAGGCUUGGUCGGGGCACUGCCGGCGGAAGCAGCCUGUCCCACGGUGGACCAGGAUCCUUGUAGCCAAUCUCUUCUUCGGCGGGGGCCUCCGGGCAGGAGGGGGACAGAGGGACCCCAGCAGCAUCUCUGCUGCGCCCAGAUUAUCGGAUGGUGCCAACAAACUCCCACUCUGCCAUACCCCACGCUCUUCCUGGCCCUUUGGGGUCUCACCGGCCCAGGUAGCAGAACGGUGGCAGAGCUCCACAGGUCUGUCCCAGCAGGCCAGGGGUGAGGCCACCACGCUUUGUCUUCAGUUCCCCUGGGCAGGGACACCCCUGUACUGUCACUGUAAUGCUCCCGGGGCCGGUUUACUGCCCUGCCAAGUGAACUCGGUAUGGAUGUGGGGGCCGGCACUGCCAGGGCCGGGGCUGUAAAGCUGGAGGACCCUUCGUAAUAAACAGAAUCAACAACG